AUGGAGUCCGCCAUUCGUUGGUCUCCAAGCUCCAAUGCGACCGAGCAGCGCUUCCUCUCGGUCGACGUCACAGGCAAGGCAUUUCGUCUAUGCAAGGUGACAGGGUAUAACGCUUACGAUAAGACCCUCCGCCAUGAAUUGCUCUCCACGCUUGUCGAUGUCCCCUCCUUUCGCGCAUUCGACUGGUCCGCGUCCAACGAGAACCUCAUCGCCGUGGGGCAGUCUUCCGGCGAAGCCACAAUCCUACGACUCGACGCCAGCGUGAAGGAGUCGCUCUCCUUUCCCGUUCGAAACCAGCGAUCCUGCAAUGCGGUUGCGUUUAGUGCACAUGGCCUCGUUGCUUCGGGCCUUGAUCGCGUGCGAAACGACUUUUGCUUGAAUAUCUGGGAUGUCAACCAGCGACUCAGCCCUGCGGGUGGGAGCAAAGGGUUUCCAGAACCCUUGCGCAAGCUAGCAAGUUCAGAGCCGAUCACGAGCAUCAAGUUCUUCAAGGACCAGCCUGAUACGCUGGUGACGGGUGUUAAAGGCCAAUUUCUUCGCAUUUACGACCUUCGAGAGGGCCCAGGCAAUCCUUCCUUGCAAUUCCAAACCCGAUGUGUCCACAACCUAGCCAUCGACUGGCUUGACGAAAAUUACAUUGCGUCUUGCCAGCCCAUCGAAAGCACGGUCUGCGUCUGGGAUCGGCGCGUAGGGGCUCGGCUCGUAUCGCCAUCGGUCGGCUCUGCGGCAAGCAGUCCAGACUCUAAUCAAUCCGUCGCCGCACUUCAGUACAAGAAUGUGUUCGAGUCAAAGUCCUCGAUCUGGAGCUUGCGCUUCUCCAAGACCACCCGCGGUUAUCUGGGAGCACUUUCUAGCACUGGCCAUUUCAAAGCUUUUGAAAUCGCGAAAGACUACCAGUCUGAGGAAUAUCGCGCUUCAAUCGACGAAACCUUCGGACAAGGCUCUUUCAAGAACUACCCAGAGCCAGUCUACACGAGAAAUGUCCGGGAUGUGUGUCUCCCAUUCGAUCAUCCAACUCGCGGGUGUGAGGAGAAGGACCGCGUGGUGACAUUCGAUUUCAUAAACUUAAACAUGUCACCCCAGCCUAGUGCUAUCGCUCUCGAUGGCCACGGACAACCACGGAUUAUUACCGCGCGGCCACCUUGUGCGCCCGUGAGCUUGUCGUCACGGGGAAUGUUGGCGUUCGGUAUCGCGUCGGGCGACUCGGACUUCAGGACUAUCCACCCUCUAUCCGAACACGUCUUGCCGAUUUCCGGACUGGUCCAAAAUAUUCGUGCACGUGUGCUGUCGAGCUCAAAGUACUCGUCAACAAACGGAGACAAAAAGUCGGAUGAGUCCCGAGGAGUGAAUACUGACCCCAUUUCAAGCCGAGAAAUGCGGGAACGUGCGAUGUCACUUGGAACUUUGGGCGUACUUCUUACUGCUAAAGAGGCCUUAACCCUGUCUACCCUUGCCCAGUCACGAUGCAGAGAAGGGUACCUGUUCAAUGAGGCUCGAAAUCGGUCAAUCGUCAAGGACGAUCCUGCUCUCCAGGACUUGUGGACCUGGAUUCAACGUGCACAUUCCGACUCCUUGGGUACGACCAUGGUUGUCAAUGGCCUGGAUAUGAAUUACGUUGGCGUUAGCAAUGUCUGGACCAACGAUAUGGGUCAUGACUUUGAACAGCGCCGCAUUAGCACGAAGGAUGACGACCCGAAGAGCGUCGCUGGAGCGAUCGCCCACCUCGUUGAGCAGUUGAACCUGCCCCCAACUAAAGGCUGUGAAACAGCCUACCCUGAGCAUCGACGUCUCUGUCUUCGCAUUUGUGGAGCAACAUCAUCAUACAAGGAGCUUGCAGAGACAGUGAAGAACCUCUCUUCUGAGAACCAACAUACCAAGGCCGCCGCACUGGCAGUCUUCCAGGAUGAGGCCAAGUUGGCAUACCUCUCCCUUCGGAGUAAUGAACCCGCCCAAGCCCACAAACUACUUGCGAUGGCCAUUGCUGGCGCCGCAAAAGGCGAUAGCAACUCUGACUGGGAAGAGACAUGCGCCGAGAUCUCCAAAGAACUGACAGAUCCGUACGCACGAGCAAUCCUGGCCCUCGUGAGCAAAGGAGAUUGGCAUGCUGUCCUUCAGGAGACUACACUUCCGCUGAAGUAUCGCGUCGAGGUCGCACUCAGAUGGCUGCCGGAUGACGAGUUAACCGAAUAUUUGGGAGAAGUCACUUCCGAGGCCAUAAGGGAAGGAGACAUCGAGGGAGUGGUACUCACAGGCUUGGGCCAUCUCGCCAUGGGCCUGUUCCGCUCGUACAUCGAGAAGUUCAACGACGUCCAGACCCCGGUUCUGGCUAUGAGCUACACCGUCCCUCGCAUCAUCAGCCAUCCACCCUUCAUCGCCCAGUUCAAUGCCUGGCGUGAAACUUAUCGCCAGCAGAUGAAUUCCUGGAAGAUGCAGCUUGACCGUGCUCGGUUUGAUGUGGAGUCUCGUCGCUUCGCGGUGACCGUGGAUGGGCGUAAGCUUAUUCCUCCACCACCGCAACAAGUCAGCUUGACUUGCAACUAUUGUACCCGUCCGCUGACCCAGCACGACGCCUCUUCUCAAAUCUCUCCGUCGGCCACCGUCGAAACAGUGCACCCGACAGUGGGUAACCCGCUGGGAUCUGCGACCAUGUCAGGGACCGUGUGCCCUCGAUGCGGUCGGCAUAUGCCUCGCUGUGGCGUCUGCACCAUGUGGCUUGGAACUCCCGACCCAAUGUCGAAGGGGGUGACUGCCGCCGAUGCGGAAACCGAUUCACGCAAGGCCGCCGAAGACGAGGUCAUGAAGCGAUUCGUGGUCUUUUGUAUCAAUUGCAACCAUGGACAUCAUGCCCACCAUGCUCGAGAUUGGUUUGCACGACACAAAAUUUGCCCAGUCGCCGAGUGUAAUUGCAUCUGCGAUCGGUGA